CUCUCUCUCUCUCCCUGUCUCUCCCUCGCAGUGCGCUGAACCCCCAGGUGUGUGCGCUCCUCUCUCUUCCCCUGCGCGCACAGGGCAGAUCUCUGAUGCCCAAACCGAGGCGAUAACUCCCAGCGCCAGUCUGCUGCAUAGACUCUGCUGCGAGGAUGUUGCAGUGAUAGACGGAGGAGCAUCAUCAUCUCCCCCCCCCCACCCCCAUCAGCUGCUUCCUCAGCCGGCAUCGUCAGCUGUUGCUCCACAGCAGAGAGAGAGAGAGAGAGUGGAAGUCUCGGGAGCCGCAGAAAGAAACGGGAAAAGGGACAAACUAUGCGACUGAUUCCCGAUCGGUAACCGUCUUUCCAGCCUGAAAAAGUCGAGCGGGGAGCGGAUGCGAGCAGAGGUCGCCGACGAGCCUCUGAGUAUUUUCUGCCCUUUGUCGGUGCCGGAGGAGCCGUGCCCAUGGAGAAAGCCACUCCGCCGCCCCAGCCCCAGCUCCAGCUGUCGAUAGCCAAGACGGAAAGUCCGGCGGAGGACAUCUCCGGGCUCACGGACGAGGAGCUGUUCAAGUGGUCCAAGGAGGAGCUGGUGCGGCGGCUGAGGCGCUCCGAGGCCGACAAGAUGAGCGUGAUCCUGGACCACGGCAAUCUCAUCCGGGAGGUCAACCGCAGCCUCCAGCUGCACCUGAACGAGAUCCGGGGGCUGAAGGACAUUAACCAGAAGCUGCAGGAGGACAACCGUGAGCUGCGGGACUUGUGCUGCUUUCUAGACGAUGACCGCCAGAAAGGGAAGCGUGUCUCCAGGGAGUGGCAGCGCCUGGGACGAUACAGCGCCAGCAUAAUGCGCAAAGAGGUGACUCUCUACCUCCAAAAACUCAAGGAGCUGGAGCUGCGACAGGAGGAGGUAAUCCGCGAGAACAUGGAGCUGAAGGAGCUGUGUCUGCUGCUGGACGAGGAGAAGGGAGUGGUGGGUGGAGGUGGUGGCGGCACUGGAAGUGGAAGUGUAGGGGGUGCAGGGAUGGGAGGGUGCCGCAACUCAAUAGACAGCCAGAAUAGCUUGCUGCUGGUGCCCGGGCAGGGGCUCCUGAUGAGAGAUGUAGGGGACGGGAGUAGCACCUCCAGUGCUGGGAGCGCCGACAGCUCCGACCACCCUCAUCAUAAGCAGCCUCACCUGGCUGCAGCAGUGGGUGGAGUUGGGAGUGCUGGGGAAAAAAGGAGCCCUGAGCUUCUACAUAAACCCAGGUGUAGCAGCAUCAGUGGAAUAGGAGGCGACAGGGAUAUGUCCAGCCCCGACCACCCCACUGGGCGUCACCGGAGUACAAGCCUGGAGUACCCGUACACCCUGCCCCAGCUCAGCCGACCCCGCUGCGGCUCCAUAUCCGUGCCUGACCACAGUCGAGCCAUACGAGGCCUCAGCCCGGAAAAAUACGGGAGGAACGUGGGGCGCCGCAGUCCAGAGCAGCACCCCAAGCACCACAGCUCUGACCUCCUCCUGGGACAGAGGCAGCACUUCCUGGGCCAGGGGGGCAGCGGGGAGCUCUUUCAGAGGCACCACAGGAGCAGCAUCAGCAGCACAGGCUGUGGGAGCCCCGAGCCCCGACAGGCACAUUUAGGGACAGUCGAGCAUCACGAAAAGGGCUGCGUGGUCCCGGGGGGCAGCCCCGAAAUUCACAGGCACCAGUACAGUAUGAGCCCUGACCAUGUGAAGUUCAGCAGCCCUGUGAGAGAUGGGCAGAGGAGGCCGGCUGGAGACGAGCUGUCGCCACACCACCGAGGCAUCUACAAUGGAAUGAAUGCUUCGAUGCCUCCUCUUGACCCCAAGUUGGACAGUUAUGCUCCUCAACCAGAGGAGGGGUCGCAGCAGUACAGCCCUCCUGCAUCUCCGGCCUUGAUAGACACAGGGGCCCCUGGGUGCCUCUGUCCACAGCCCCACACGGUCUGUCGCCCAUGGCCUCAUCCAUGUCGGCAGCCCUGACACGGCAUGCCUCCAUUUUCUUUGUUUCUACAUAUCGAUGUGUAAGCGGAGGGGAGUGUCCUGAGAGAAUGCUGUUAGCGUGGUUGGUACAACUCGUGAAGACUGCCACACCUAAAUGGAUCAGAGCGGAUGUCUCUCCCUGCCAACUGUGACACAGCUACCUCCCAGAGAGCACCCAUAGAGACGGAGGGUGGGCGGGCCGCGCUGGGGAUUGGUGAGAGGAGAUGGAAAGGGGCUGUCCCCUGUUUACAAAUGUAGAUCAUUGGUGGAGAAGCACAGAAAUGAAACUUUCUACGCCCUGCUGUUCUAAACUUUAUCUAUUUUGCUACACACAUCUCUGUCUCUCUUCGAUCUAGUCCCACUCUCUCCCUCCUCUCUUUCAUCCUCAGACAUUCCUCAUCCAAAAUGUAUAAUGAGACUGGUGUAAUCCAAUGUUCUGUCUCCCGGUCUCUAAAUCCAGCCGAUCACACGAUCUCCAUCGUAUCCUCCUCCUUCCUCGUAAAUUCUUUCAGCCAUUUCAACUGAACUUUAAAAAAAAAAAAAAUCACAAAACAAAAAACACAGACGUCAAAGAUGAUCAAAGUGAAGAAAAAAAACCUUUUCCUGUGUCUUAAACCAACAUGGUCAACAUUACUAGCUGCUGACAGAUGUCUAGUUCGAUAAGAUGCAAUGUUCAGGUGUAAUUCUUCUUUUUUGUAUUUUCUUCUUUGCUCCCUUCAAGCGCCUAUAUUAUAGCUGGGGAGAAAAUUAUACAUUUCUCCAUGUUGUUUUUUUACAAGGAAGUGAAGUCCAAGUAAAAAGUAGAUUAUUGGAUUAGUUUUCUAUAUAUCUAUAUCUAUAUAUAUAUAUAUAUAUAAUAUGAUUAUUAUUUUUGACUUACUGGUAUUAGAACUAUUAUAUUAAGAUGCAUAUGAUAUAUAUAUCAAAUAAUAAACAGACUUCUUUAUGUAAAAGUG